AUGCCGAACCGCAGAAGUCUGACAAUAGCCGCUGCAGCGCUGCUGUUAGGGCUGUUGCCGCCAGUAGCUGCGCAUGGAGAUGGAGAUGGCAUGGAAAUGAGCGCGCAUAAUGCUCAGGAAUCGCAACCACAGAACACCGGCUUCGGAGGCUAUUGGAGUCUUUCUGAACAUGCGUCGCUCAUGUAUUGGCACAUAGGGCUGGAGAUCCUAGCCUGGAUUGUCAUCUUGCCAGUCGCAGUAAUGUUCAGCAUUGCUUGUUCAAGAUAUACUCUACCUUCUCAAUUGACUUUCCUCGCUACCAACGCGUUGGCGCUCGUGCUCGGCCUUGUAUACGACCACAGAACACCAGAACUGUAUGCAGGGAAUGCACACAGUAAGACAGGAUGGGCCAUCACCUGGAUCGCAUCAGCAUGGGUGUUCCUGGCUCUCGUCCAGGCCUACGCCGGAAGGUCUGAGUCGCGUUCGAAAGAGGACGAGUUGACAACCGCAAACAUGCUUAGAUAUCAGCGCGUACAUGACGAAGAGCUCCCGGCCCCAUCACGAUGGUCUGGCGACUCAGGGCAGGGGACAGAACGCAACUCGGCCUCUCUUUACGAUCCUUCCCAGUCCCCGAGCAUAGAGUCGGAGAACCAGCAGUUCCCUCGUCCUUUGCGAAAACCUACACACGAUGAUGACUGUUUCGGUGAUGGCGACGGGGACGACGAGAAGCGCGGCUUUCUUGGCAAUACUGCGGUAGAUCAUUUCUUCUCCCGCCACGUGGCUCGUUUCGCAGUUGGACGGACACUCAAGGCGAUUCGUUUCUUCUACGUCGUCGUCGAGCGCACAAUCUUGGUCCAGGGUUUCGUGGCGAUAGUCAGCGGUGCUGUCGUCUAUGGUGGUAUCGCAAGAGGAGGCGCGGUCUUCAACGUUUUGGCACACACAGUGAAAGGAGGCAUCUUCUUUCUUUACGGUUUCCUCACACUGGGUCGAUGGAUGGGUGCAUUUGCGGAUUUUGGAUGGGCCUGGAACGUUAAGCCACCGAAAGAAGUAGUCGGUCGUCGGAAAGCGGCACUACCGUCGGCAGAGUUUACCGAAUCCUUCGUCAUCUGGCUCUACGGCUGCACAAACGUCUUCCUAGAACAUCUGGCUGCGUGGGGCGACGCGUGGACUGCUCAGGAUCUGGAACAUGUUUCGAUCUCGGUCAUGUUUUUUGGUGGUGGUUUGUUGGGAAUGUGCAUCGAAUCGACGAAGGUGCGAGAGCUUCUCAACAGCGGAGUCGUUACCUCACAAGCAACCUCACUGCAGAAUGAAUACUGGCAACAGCCGAGCCAAUACCGCUUCUCGAUGAACCCACUUCCGGCCCUGAUCAUUAUGCUGCUUGGCAAGAUGAUGAGCUCUCACCACCAGAGCUCGAUGGUUUCAACUAUGAUCCAUACCCAAUGGGGCAGCAUGUUCAUGGCCUUCGCUCUAGCCCGCGGCUUAACCUACAUCACCCUGUACAUCUCACCACCGACUUCCUUCCUUCCAUCUCGACCACCUACAGAAAUCGUCACCGCCUUUUGUCUGAUCUCGGGUGGUAUCACCUUCAUGGUCAGCAACAAGGAUACCGUUGCAGCUCUUGAGUCGUAUAAUCUCGAUGCCAUGUUCAUCUUUACGGUUGUCAUGGGCCUUACCGCGCUGCUCAUGGCUUGGACCACGGUGGUUAUCGCCAUCAAGGGUUGGGCUCUACGCAAGGAGAGCAGCAGCCAGCAUGCAAAGGGUCAUGUUGGAGCAUUGGCAUGA